AUGAUGAACAUCCCCAGAUUCUACGAUAUUCCCAACAGAAUUGACGGUGGGGAAUGGCAAUUACGGUCUAUUGACCAAUCAAACUUCAUUAUCAAUAAUUAUCCCUUAACAAAUAUCUCCUACACUCCCAAUAAAACCGUCACCGUGUCAGGACCGUUCAAUGAUGACGAUACAGGGUGUUUCCUUGUACGGUUGAAUCCAAUAUUCAAAUCUAAUGAUAUAAUCUUCACUAAAGUCUCGUGGCCAGCUACGUUACCGGUAGAUUUCACCCUUUCCCAUGAUUUUAUCCCGUCCAAAACCUUGGACAAUGGUGAUGAUUUCGAUAUCUACGUCAAUGUAACCUAUCAUUUCAAUUAUAAGAGUUAUAAGCCGGUAACCAUUGAGGAAUUGAAGUUUAAUUUGGUGAUUGAGGUUCUACCCAACCGAUUACCUAUUCCCAUCGAAGUUUAUGACAUUAUAAGGUACCAGGUAGGUUUGUUGUUGAUCAUAGUACCACUUUUACCUGAUUUACUUGAAUGGUUUGGGUUAAAAUGA